ACUGACAAAAUUACAAAUGUGCUGGAUCAAGUGGAGAAUUGUUUGGCCUUAAUUGACACAGUAAAGUCAAUCUGCCAACCAAGAUUUUCUGACGGGAAAUAAUCUUUAACAUUUGUGGGAGAAAAGAAGUCAAGAAUCUGAAAAAUUGGACAUUCUGAAUGUUUACUUGAGACAAGUGGAAACUGACGAUAAAUAUUUCGGAAAAAAGCGAAUGUGAUGGUUCCGUCGAGGGAAAUUCAGGCAUCAGAAUUGGCUGAUUUAUUUCAGUUAUACACUUUUUUACCCAACAAAUUAAGACAUUUUAGGUCAUACAUCACAGGGUUGUGACAAGAUAUUUUGUAUGGAAGUUUUAAUACAUUCUUACUGUUUCCAUGGUUAUUAACCAUAUUAAUCAUAUUCUGUGUGGGAAAGUUUGGACUGGUUCCCAGCAUGGUACACUUCGUCAUCAGUAUGGCUGGAAGUUAUUUUACUGCUGAAAUUAAGUGAAAAUUCUAUUUACCUUGCAUUGGUACAGUAUUAACCUUUGACCAAGGAAGUAACGAAGCUCAAACAAAAGCAAACAGUUUUGAGGGGACAAACAGUGUUUUGUAAAGAUGCCUGAUGCGAUAACAUUUCAAUUUUGAAUGUUUUCGAACAUUUGUUAAAAUAAUGGAGAAAUAUAUACCAGUACUUCAUUUCGCAAAAAAGCUAUAUUAAGUAAAGAUGUUUAAGUUAUCAAAGAGCCCAAGUUUCAAACUGGUGCGAACAUUCUCCCAGGAUAAUACACAGAUGAAAAGAAGAUCUUUUUCUACAGGUCAGUCAGAGGGGGACUCCUCCACAGAUCAUGGAAGCUCUCCACAGGGGAAGUUAACAAGGUCUAGAACCAGUUCUGAGUCCAAGUUGUUUUCACCGAUCUCCGAGAAAUCACAUGGUAAUUCACUGCAGCCUCACACAAAGAUCUCAAAACGGGAAUCACUGAAGGAACAGAAGCGAAAUUAUCGUAGCCAGAAGAAGCAGGCAGCACAAGAGCUGUUGACCACACUCAAGGACCCGUCAGUUAUUGUUCUCGCUGAUUGGCUGAAGGUUAGAGGAACAUUGAAAAGUUGGACCAAGUUGUGGUGCGUGUUGAAGCCAGGGUUGCUGAUUUUAUACAAGAGCGAAAAACAAAAGAGCAAUCAUUGGGUGGGAACAGUACUGCUGAAUACAUGUAGAUUAAUUGAGCGACCUUCAAAGAAAGAUGGCUUCUGUUUUAAAAUCUUCCAUCCACUAGAUCAGUCCAUAUGGGCAACAAAGGGACCAAAAGGAGAGACCAUCGGUGCCAUAGUUCAACCUCUGCCUUAUUCCUACUUGAUAUUCAGGGCUCCAUCAGAGGCUGCAGGAAAAUGUUGGAUGGAUGCUUUAGAACUAUCCCUUCGCUGUACAAAUUUGUUGAUGAGAUCUAUGAAAAAGGAUAGCACUGGCAGUAUGGAGGGAAAUGGCCUUGUUGCUGAAAAUGAAGCAGAGAUGUCGGAUUCUUCUUUACCUCCAAGUCACCAUGACAAUGAACAAGAACAUGAUGGGGGUGACAGCAUGGAUGAAAGUGACUGCGAAAAACAUUUUGCAAAUCAAGGUUUGGAUGAAGAUUACAAGACUGACAGGGAAGAGGCGGCCUCAGAUUCCAGCCAGUCAGAGGAGGAGGACGAUCGUGUGUUUGAUGAGGUUGUAAGGUCAUCAUCUUUGUCAUCGAAACCGUCAGAAACACCAUAUAUAAUGUGUGCUGUUGAAGAAUUGGGACAGCAAGGAGAUUCGUGUCAGACAGAGGAAGUGAAUGAUGAGAAUAAAAGUAUUAUUUGGACACUUGUAAAACAAGUGAGACCGGGCAUGGACCUGUCAAAAGUCGUGCUUCCAACCUUUAUCCUCGAACCUCGUUCUUUCUUGGACAAGUUAACAGACUAUUAUUACCACUGUGAUAUUCUAUCAGAGGCUGUUUUACAAGAAGACCCAUAUACCAGAAUAAAGUCAGUUGUAAAAUGGUAUCUCUCUGGAUUCUACAAAAAACCUAAGGGCCUUAAAAAACCAUAUAAUCCAAUCAUUGGGGAAACAUACAGGUGUUACUGGCAUCAUCCGAACACGAACAGUCGUACAUUCUACAUCGCCGAGCAACUGUCCCAUCAUCCUCCAAUCACAGGAUUCUACGUUACCAAUAGAAAAGAUGGCUUUAAUAUUUCUGGAAGUAUAUUGGCGAAGUCCAAAUUUUAUGGUAACUCAUUAUCAGCCCUUCUUGAAGGCACAGCUAAACUUUCUUUUCUGAAGAGGGGAGAAGACUAUUAUAUAACCAUGCCUUAUGCUCAUUGUAAAGGGAUAUUAAUUGGAACAUUAACAAUGGAGAUGGGAGGGAAAGUGAGCCUGUCUUGCCCUAAAACAGGUUAUAGAUGUGAUCUUGAUUUUAAACUAAAGCCAUUCCUGGGUAUAGGAGAGGCCUCAAAUAAGAUUGUUGGCAAAUUCAAGAUGGGCUCGGAUACAUUGGCUCACAUAGAGGGACACUGGGACCAGGAAAUAUACAUAAAAGAUAAAGUCACAGGGGAAUCAUCUUUGUUUUUUGCUCCAACACCAGAGGUGAAGGCAGCCAGGUUGAAAAAAUACACAGUUCCUAUAGAAUUGCAGACAGAUAUGGAAUCUGAAAGAUUAUGGAAGAAUGUGAGUGAUGCUAUUGUAACUCAGGACAUGCAUGGGGCCACACAGGAGAAGUUCAUACUGGAAGAAAGGCAAAGAAAGGAGGCCAAAGAACGAAAGGCCCAGAUGAUUUCAUGGGUACCCAAGUUAUUUGAGAGGGACUCUAUUGCAGGGGACUGGAUAUAUAAACAUAUUGAUAUGCGACCAUGGGAUAUUACAAAUGACAAGCUUCAGUAUGAGUUGGACUACAUCAUUGCAACAUGGACAAAACAUCGUACCCCUGUUGUACGUACAUUGAGCAUAACCAGUCUAGAGCAGAUCCCAGACAAAUCCAACGUGGCUGUACCAGCAACAAGACACCCAUCUAAAAUUCAGCGACCUUCAAUGAAGAGGUUGAAGGUUGUAGGUGAGGAGAGUGGUAGUUCAGCAGCAGAGCUAGACCAGAAACAUGAUAGCGAUUCAUCAGAACCUGGUAUACGAAAACGAGUGACUAGAUCUGCCUCCAAUUCACGAACUACAAAAGUUGCUGAGGAUACUUUGGCAAAAUUGUUAGAACCAGUAUGUGUAUUACAACAAGAAACAAACAGUCUAGUGAAGACCUUACAGAGACAGGUAGUCUCCGUACAACAGAGGCUUGACAAUCAGGAAGCUAACAGUUUCGGCCAGCAGUCUCAAACAUGGAUUAUUCUCGGAGUUGUGCUUUUGUUUCAAACAGUACUGCAGUGGCUUCUAAGAUAGCCAGGGA